CGUUGCGCCGCGCUCCGGCUCCCCACGCGGAAGCCAUGGAUCCACUCCCCCUCCUCCUGCGCCCCCGCGCGCGCCCUGCGCUCCCCCUCCGCGACGGCGUCCCCCGGGUGGCGCCACCUCGACGGACGUGGAGGCGCGCCGCCGCCAGCGGCGGCGGCGCUCGGCGGCGGCUGACGUCUGUGGCGGCAGUGGCGGCCGACACGCCGCGGGCGGAGGAGGCGCCGUCGCCGUCGCCGUCGGGGGAGGAGCGGUUCGACUGGCUGGACCAGUGGUACCCGGUGGCGCCCGUCUGCGACCUCGACCCGAGCUCGCCGCACGGGAAGACGGUGCUGGGCCUCCGCAUCGUCGCCUGGUUCGACCGUACCACCGGCGGCGACGGGGCCGGCGAGUGGCGCGUGUUCGACGACGCGUGCCCGCACCGCCUCGCGCCGCUCUCCGAGGGCCGCGUUGACGACAAGGGCCGGCUCCAGUGCGUCUACCAUGGCUGGUGCUUCGACGGCCGCGGCUCCUGCCAGUUCAUCCCGCAGGCCCCCGCCCUCGGCCCACCCGUGCACAAGAACAGCAAGGCGUGCGUGGCGUCGUACCCGUGCGUGGUGCAGAACAACAUCCUGUGGUUCUACCCGAGGUCGGAGCCGGAGCACAGCGACGUGCUGCGGAGGAAGCGGCCACCAUUCAUCCCGGAGAUCGACGACCCGUCCUUCGUCACCGUCUACGGCGUCAGGGACCUCCCCUACGGGUACGACGUGUUGGUGGAGAACCUCAUGGACCCUGCUCACGUCCCCUACGCGCACAAGGGCCUGAUGCGCAUCCGCAAGAAGGAAGAUCCAGGCAGAGUUGAGUUCGACAAGGAAGGCGGCGGCCCGAUCAAGAUGAUGAUAGAGGAGGCCAACAUCGAGGGGUUCCGGUCGCCGCAAGAAAGAGGCUACUUCAAGUUUGUCGCGCCCUGCACCUUCUACGGCUCGCCGCUACGCACCGAGACAGAGGAUGAUGAGGGCAAGAAGAAGAAGAAGCAGCCCACGGUAAUGCUGGUGUUCUUGUGCAUCCCAGUGGCACCGGGAAGGAGCAGGUUGGUCUGGGCGUUCCCGCGUAACGUCGGCGUCUGGCUGGACAAGAUCAUACCACGCUGGUACUACCACAUCGGGCAGAACUCCAUCUUGGAUUCCGACAUCUACCUGCUCCAUAUUGAGGAGCGCAAUUUUGCCGCGGUUGGCCUUGAUAACUGGGAGAAGGCUUGCUAUGUUCCCACAUCAUCCGACAACAUGAUCAUCAGCUUUCGGAACUGGUUCAGAAAAUACUGCAAGCAUCAGGUUGGAUGGGCAACCCCAAUGGUUAAUCAGCUGCCACCAACUCCAACCAAAGAUCAGCUCAUGGAGAGGUACUGGUCGCAUGUGAUGCAGUGCACGAGCUGCAGCGCCGCUCUGAAGUGGAUGAGGUCGCUGGAGGUCGCCUUGCAGGUUGCGUCGGUUGCCGUCGUCGGGUUCCUCGCCGUUGCCAAGGAGACGCUGGUCACCUCGGUUGUCCAGAGAGCCGCCGUCGUGGCGGCGGCCGUGCUGUGCUUCGCUGCCUCCCGCUGGCUUGCCAACUUCAUCGAGAAGAACUUCUAUUUCCAGGACUACGUCCACGCUCACAAGUGAUCACCCAUGCAUCCUGGAAACCUGCCCCCAUUUUUGGGAAUAAUUAUUUUUUUAUAUUUUUGUUGCUAGGAAUUCCUAGCUUGUAAUUGAGCAGCUUAAAAAUUGUAUAGAAAACAAAACCCUCGAUAAGAUAGCAUCUGUAUAUACAAAUAGUCAUCCUUCAAAC